GCGGCCAUGGCGGAGGCGGCCAUGGAGGAGCCGGCCCAGCUGUGGCCGCCGCCCGUGGGCACCUACGCGGAGGAGCGGGGGCUCUUCCAGCUCCUGCAGAACAUGCUUGAAGAGCUAUUAAUUCAUAAGCCAGAUGAUCCCAUUGAGUUCAUGAUAAACCAUUUAAAGCAGAACAACGAUGAUGCUCCAAAAAUUUGUGUACUUGGUCCACCUGCUUCUGGGAAAACUACAGUUGCAAUGUGGCUCAGUAAACAUUUUGAUGCCAUCCGUGUCUCUCAGGAGACUUUGUUAUUCAAGGAAACAUUAGCGCUGACAGAGGAAGCAAAGGCAUAUAAAGAAAAAAAUCAGAAAAUUCCCAACGCGCUCUGGGCCAAUCUGAUCCAGGAACGUCUGUCAAACGUGGACUGCAUCAAACAAGGAUGGAUUUUGGAAGGCUUCCCUGAAAAUCAGGAACAGGCAUGGAUGCUGCAAUCCUUUGGCAUCUUUCCUAGACAUGUUGUUAUGCUUUAUGCUUCAGACACUGUGUUGAUUGAGAGGAACAGUGGGAAAAGGCUUGACCCCCUCACACAAGAGGUUUAUCACACAACCUUCGAGUGGCCGAGCGAUCCUCUGGUACAGCAACGGCUGGUGAAACCCGACGACCUGUCCGAACAAGAGGUGUCCAAGAAACUGCUGGAAUAUCACAGAAACUUCCCUGAGGUUUUCCAGAUCUACCAGAAAGUUCUGAAAUCCAUCAAUGCAGACCAGCCUUCCAUGGAUGUGCUCUCACAGGUUCUUGCCUAUGUCCAAAGCCGGCACAGAUCGGCCGCCCCCUUCACCCCACGGAUCAUCUUUUGUGGCCCAGGCAGUGGGAAGAGCCUGCAGGCAGCACUAAUAGCUCAGAAAUACGGGGUUGUCAACAUUUGCUGUGGGCAACUGCUAAAGGAAGCUGCUGCAGACAACACAAAUCUUGGAGAACUCAUUAAGCCUUACAUUGACAAUGGAUGGCCAGUCCCAGACAACCUCGUCCUGGAGCUCCUGACGCAGCGCCUGAGCAACCUCGACUGCCUGACCGAUGGUUGGGUGCUCUCCGGCUUCCCCAGGGACAUCGAGCAGGCAGAGAAGCUGCACAAAGCCCAGAUUAAUCCAAACAGGGUAUUUUUCUUUAAUCUGCCCUACGAGUCCGUCAUGGAGCGACUGUCCCAGCGGAGGACGGACCCCGUCACUGGGCAAAGAUACCACACCACCUUCAGACCAGCUCCCACCCCGGAGAUCCAGGCCCGGCUCAGGCAGAACCCCAGAGACCAGGAGGAAAAUAUUGAGAAGCGCCUGGAAAGCUAUUACAGGAAUGUCAAGGACCUGGAGGAUUUCUAUGAAGAUGCCUUUUAUGUCAAUGCUGACCAAGACCCUUAUGCUGUCUUUGAGUUCAUAGAAAGCUGCAUCAUUAAGCCUCUUCCAUGUAGGAAAUUUAGACAUUUGUAAUUAAAAAGGACGGUGGCUGGAAGAGUUGAUUUGAAAGUUUUUCCCUGUCAUAUUUGCAGUUGUGCAGGUUGCUGCAGUGGCAGGGUAUCACAGGGGAAGAGGAAGUCAGCCAAGCUGUGUUAAAUUUGGAGCUCACCAAGGCUGAGCGAUGUACAGAGAGUAAGAAACUGGGCUGUAGAGGAAAUUUUUUUGGCUUUUGCUUCAUGAUGCAAAGUAGGAAGCACCGUGGUGAGGGAAGUCCUGUUUAAUUCAAAUAUCUUUUUCUCUUUCUGAGUAGUAGUUUCGUCUUAACUGUGUAAUACCAACGAAGCCAAUUUGGAGUAUUAAAGCUGUUAGACGUG